ACUGCUUUCAGCUGCUCUGGUGGAUCCCACAUAUAAACUGAUGAAGCUGAAUGUGGAUCAUGGUGGAGAGUGCAGGCUGAAAUCAGGGCCGAGGAAAUAUGCCUGUCAUCUCACCCUGGACCCAAAUACAGCACACCCAUACCUGAUACUCUCUGAGGGGAACAGGAAGGUGACAUUGGUGGAAGAGAAGCAGCAUUAUGAAAACCAUCCAGACAGAUUUGACUAUAGUCCCGAAGUUCCUCCAUUCUUUUUUAAUUGUCGUUACCAAGUUCUCUGCAGACAAGGCUUAUCUGGGUGUCAUUAUUACUGGGAGGUGGAGAGGGAUGGUGACGAGGCUGUCAUUGGUGUGGUGUCCAAAGGAAUGAAGAGGAAGGGAUGGUCCUGCUCUUUACUCUGCUCUAAAAGAGGUUAUAUCUCUUACCAUGCUGGAGUCAGCAGAUCCAUCUCUGGUCCUGGUUCUAAAAGAGUUGGAGUGUAUCUGGACUGGCCAGCUUGUACUUUGUCCUUCUAUAGUGUGUCCUCCUCUGGUACACUGAAACACCUUCACACAGAACACACCAGAUUCACUGAACCCCUCUAUCCUGUGUUUGGUGUUUACUCCUCCUCCUCAUUGACCCUGUGUCAGAUAGAUGACCAACACAUUCAGAGAAACCAUGGUGGAGAGAGUUGUAUCAAGUCUGGACCUGAGAAAUGGAUUCCUCAGAGCUGUAAGACUUGUGACCAUGUUGAGGACUCCACACACUGGCUUCAGAUUGAACCCUUGACUUCCACUAUCCAGGGAGUGACAAUGUUCAGACACAGGACACCCAAAGGGAGUUAUGAGUGCACAGUGUCUGGKCUCCGCUGGCUGUGUGAGAGAGAUGUCAUUCUGAAGUAUCACUUCAGGAACUGGGAWCCCUACAGUCAACUUCUGAAAGACAUGCAGUACACACAAGGUGGUCCAUUGCUGGACAUCACUAUGGAGUUAGGUGAACUGGAGGAAGUUCAUCUGCCACACUUUGUCUGUUUAGGGACCAACCCUUCCCUGAGGAAUGAGAUGAAGAUUCUUCAUGUAGAGGAACAUGGAGUGUGUUUAGAGGAAGUGCACGAGGUCACCAGAUUCCAUGCUAAGAUUCUCCAUCCCAAGUUCUCACCUAUCUCUCUGAUACUGAGAUUACUGUCUUGGAAAAGAGAUGUCCACUGUGACGUGGUCCUCUAUUUGGCAGUAAAAAGGUCAACAGUAAUUUCAAGGCUGUACCUGCUCCUCAGAAACUCCAGUCAGAAAGAGGCUGUUCGGGAACGGGAGAAAGAUCAGAUGUCCCAAGGAUAUAAAGAAUUUCUCCUGCCAAGUCCAAACGGGCCCUUAAAGCUGAACAGUUCGUUUGCGUUCAAGAAUCCCCGCUCCACUUCCAUCGAUCCAGAGAGGAUUCAGCUGUUACCUGCAGACACCACACCAAGCUGUUGUCAGAUGAUCAUGGGAAACACAGGGGUUGACAUUGAGAUGGAGUUAAUCGGGGAUGAUAAGAGGACAGUAUGGAAAUCAGUGGUAUCAAAAGAUGUAUACAGCAACGACUCUCAUCCAAUAUCAUUAAUACUCCUUGGGAUUCCUGCUGAGGAGUUCUGAAGAAACACAGGCCUGAACUCAUUCAGCGAGC